UGUACAACACUGGCGGCCGCGUAGCGCGCGUGUUUACCAAUACUUUGCUUUUUUUGUUCAGUUCUUUGUUGUUGUUUGGCGUUCGCAUUUCGCCCGUCGUCGUCUGAAUUUUUAGUGAUAUGCGCGCUAUUUCGGUGAUAAGCAGUGUACUUAACAAAUCAGCGACUGUUGACAAUUAGUAAUGGCCAGUGGGAGCAGCUUGCGAUGUUAGAGUAGCCCCGCAUUCCCCCCUUCCGCGGACGAACUGCAAGUGCAAACUGCAGUGUAUACGCGCUUCACUGCAGCGCCGAUCAACGGAACGGAUCCGAUCUGGACUGGACUGAACAGCCCUAGAAUAGCCAGGUCGACGAAUCGCCAGCCAUGAAGUUCGCCGAGCACCUGUCGGCGCACAUAACGCCCGAGUGGCGCAAACAAUACAUCAACUAUGAGGAAAUGAAGGCCAUGCUGUAUUUGGCCGUGGAGGAGGCGCCAUCGGUGGAGAGCGUCGAGGACGACGUGCUGAAGCGGCACUUCGCCAACUUCGAUGAGAACUUCUUUCACUACUGCGACAAGGAGCUGAAGAAGAUCAAUACGUUCUACUCGGAGAAGCUGGCGGAGGCCACGCGAAAGUUUGCCACCCUGAAUGCCGAACUGAAGACCUCCAUCGAGGAGUCGGAGCGAAGUGCCAAGAAGUCCAAGGGACACAAAAGACAUGCCGCCUUGCCGGAUCGCAAGGCGCGCGAACUGAAGUUGGCCUUCAGCGAGUUCUACCUGAGUCUGAUCCUCCUGCAGAACUACCAGAAUCUGAAUCACACCGGCUUUCGUAAAAUACUCAAGAAGCACGAUAAACUUUUGCGUGUGGACACCGGUGCCAAAUGGAGACAGGAGUAUGUGGAGGCUUCGCACUUCUUCACCAACAAGGACAUCGACAACAUCAUCAAUGAGACGGAGACGACGGUCACCGGUGAACUGGAGGGCGGCGAUCGGCAGCGAGCGAUGAAGAGAUUGCGAGUGCCACCGCUGGGCGAACAGCAGAGUCCGUGGACCACGUUCAAGGUGGGCCUCUUCUCCGGCAGCUUCAUAGUGCUGGUCAUUGUGGUGGUGCUGUCGGCCAUCUUCCACGAGAUCAGCGGCGAGAACCUGAAGGUUACGUUCCGACUCUACCGCGGCCCCCUGCUAAUCAUCGAGUUCAUCUUCCUCAUCGGAGUGAACAUCUACGGCUGGCGGUCGUCUGGCGUUAAUCAUGUCCUGAUCUUCGAGCUGGAUCCGCGAAAUCAUCUAUCCGAGCAGCAUCUCAUGGAACUGGCGGCGAUCUUCGGCGUGAUCUGGACACUCAGCAUGCUGAGCUUCCUGUACAGCGCCAGCUUGGCCAUUCCGGCGUUCAUCAAUCCGCUUACGCUUACGCUGAUUAUGGUGCUGUUUUUGGCCAAUCCGUUCCAUGUGCUCUAUCACGACGCACGAUUCUGGCUGUGGCGGAUUACGGGACGAUGUCUGUCGGCACCGUUCUUUCACGUUGGCUUCGCGGAUUUCUGGCUGGGCGAUCAACUCAAUUCGCUGGCUACGGCUAUCCUCGAUUUCGAGUAUCUCAUAUGCUUCUAUUUCACAAAUGGCAACUGGACGGAGGCGAGGGAUGCCUCCAUUUGCAUGGAGAAGGACUUCAUCAUCCGGCCGAUUGUCAAUUGCCUGCCCGCCUGGUUUCGAUUUGCACAAUGCCUGCGCCGAUAUCGCGACUCGCGGGAGGCCUUUCCUCAUUUGGUGAAUGCUGGCAAAUACUCCACAACCUUCAUGGUGGUGAUCUUCGCCACGCUGAAGAGCUUUCAUAGUCCGAACUAUGCCAGCACAUUCGAUAAUCCCUAUACCUGGUUGUGGAUUAUCGCCUCGAUUGUGUCCUCUUGCUACGCCUACACAUGGGAUAUCAAGAUGGAUUGGGGUCUGUUCGACAAGAACGCCGGUGAGAAUACUUUCCUGCGCGAGGAGGUUGUCUACUCAUCGACGGGUUUUUACUACUUUGCCAUUUUGGAGGAUCUGGCGCUGCGCUUUAUUUGGGCGCUAUCUUUCUACCUCACCGAGAUGAAAAUCGUUAGCUCAGACAUAAUGACCUCCGUCACAGGCAUCCUGGAGGUAUUCCGUCGGUUUGUGUGGAACUUUUUCCGGUUGGAGAACGAGCAUCUGAACAACUGCGGUAAGUUCCGAGCCGUUCGUGACAUCUCGAUAGCGCCGCUGGACUCCUCCGACCAGGCGCUCAUCCUGCGCCUGAUGGACGAGGCUGACGGUGUGAUCAAUCGCUACACGAAGGCGAACCGACCAAAGCCCAAGAAGGUCAAGGAUCCGGAGAAGCGGAGCCUGCUGCAGACGCGCGGAUCGCUGCCCGAUCUCAGGAUCGAUAUGGACAGUAAAAAAUUGUAGGCAACGAUCGCCGCCCACCGAAUUGUGCUUCCUAAUGAACGAUUUUGCGGAACGUCUUAUACGAAAGUUUAUCCGUAAUUCAAUUUACGUACUUUUUUUUCGUCAUUUUUUUUUUUUUGCGUUGUUUAGCUAAUUUGUAUAUUUAGUGACUAAGUACUUAAAAUUGAGGAGAGACAAUGUCCAGCAAUAAUUAGUGCAUAAGAUUUCUAACUAAUUUAGCAUUCCACGUAUGCGGUUAACUAACGAAAAAGACCAAACCUAUACCUAUACUUUUACCCGUAAUCCGUAAUCCGUAACCCGUAACCCGUUACCCGUUACCUUUAGUUCCUAAGCCACAUUUCCACGUUUCCAAAUCCAAUUCGAUAUCCAUACCUUCCACAGAAAUUGGAGUAAAGAACGGCAGUAUUAGUACUUAGAAAAGGCGAACAAAAUAACUAGAAAUCAGCAAGAAUAUGAAACUGCAGCCACCACAUUCCUUUAUCAAUCGUUAGUCCAUUAGUUAGAUCUGCCUUAUCUGUUAUCUGUCUGUCCACCUGCUGAUUGAUAUACGACAUAGACUGUGACCAAAACGAAACUUAAACUGAAUUAAACAGAAACAUAUAACAAAUAAAGUUUAAAGAACUUAAACUAAA